CUUUAAGAGUUUCUUCCUUUUUUUCAUUUCUCUUAAUUUACAUCUUUCUGUCACCUCACCGCCCUCACUCUCAUAUACAAAUACAAACAAUGGAAGAAGAUUACGAUUACGAGUCUCUGGGCAACAACUCUACCAUUGCUCAGAAUGCCAUGGCUGGUGCUUUGGCUGGUAUUGCCGAACAUUGUGCCAUGUACCCUGUGGAUAGCAUCAAGACUCGAAUGCAAGUCAUUCAGAGCACUCGACCUUCAGUCCUUGUCACCGCUACCCAUGCUGCCCCUUCCUCGUUUGUUAUGAGGUCAGGUGUUGCCGCUACUUACGCCCCCUACAAUCCUACUAUGCUCCGCAACUUGUGGCGUGGCGUGAACAGUGUUGUGCUGGGAGCCGGACCGGCCCACGCUUUACAUUUCACUACUUACGAGGCUUGCAAAGAAGCCUUUGGCGCCAACCGUCCUGGUCACCAUCCUUUCACGGCAGCCGCCGCGGGUGCUUGCGCUACCCUUGCUCAUGAUUCCCUGAUGAACCCAUUUGAUGUGAUCAAGCAGCGUAUGCAACUGCAGGAUUCGACCUACAAAUCCGUUCGUGACUGUGCUCGAAAGGUUUAUUCGAAAGAAGGCAUUGCAGCUUUCUACAUUUCGCUUCCUACGACGUUGACCAUGUCGGUUCCAUACCAAUCGAUCCAAUUCGCCACCUACGAAUAUUUUAGAAAAGUUAUCAAUCCUCGCGGUGAUUACGAUCCCAAGACACACGCUUUGGCUGGUGGCUUGGCCGGUGCGGUGGCAGCUGCUGUGACCAUGCCGUUGGAUGUUGCCAAGACAUUGUUGCAGACGCGCGGACAAAAUGCUGACCCUCGUAUACGAAACGCGUCCGGAUUGACGGAUGCUAUGAUGAUCAUCAAGGAAAGACACGGUUUCCGCGGUUUCUUCAGAGGAUUCAAGCCUAGAGUGUUGACCACUAUGCCAAGCGCGGCUAUCAGUUGGAGUGUUUACGAAUACUUUAAAUGGUUCAUGGGAUUCAACGCAGAAGAAGAGUCUCUUAUGACCUUGUGAUUGUAAACCUGUUUUUGUCCGUCCAUCCACUCUCCCUGUAUCAUAUUUUCCCCACAUGCAUUCUACUUCGCCAUGUUCAAACAUGCAUCCCCUGUAAAUAACUUCAUAGAACUUUCCUGUACUCAUAGAAUACAAUAAAUGACUUUCAUUUUAUAUCGUACUCAUGAAUAAGGCCUUGAGAAGACAAAUCAUG